AUGACCGUCUUUCCGUCGCUGGCUGCUGUCUCGGGCGCUGUUGCCGUUGCUUUUGGUGCUUUCGGCGCACAUGCUCUGAAGGACAAGUUCAACCCCCACCAGGCCGCCUCCUGGUCGACCGCCGUGCACUACCAGUUUGUGCACUCGCUUGCGCUGCUGUACGUGUCCUCGCAGGCCCCCCUGACGGGCGCGUCCCUGCUUGCGAGCUACGCCUUCACGACGGGUAUUACGCUGUUCAGCGGCUCGAUCUAUGCUCUGUGCACGCUGCCCGCCGGUCACGGCGCACGUAAGCUUUUUGGCCCUGUGACGCCUCUCGGUGGCCUGUCGUUCAUCGUGGGCUGGCUUGCGCUUGCGUUCAGCAAGUACACGGCCGUUGCCGCGCGCGCGACCCGUCAGUCUCUGAAGGAGACGGAGCGUGUCGCCGCUGAGCGCCGCAGCCAGCAGGCCCUGCGCUACCAGAACUGGAAGGAUGGCAAGCCCAGCGAGCAGCACAACCUCGGCUUCGGCAAGUAA